UGUGUUUGGGGGUGUGGGUUUUUACCAAUAAAGAGGUUCUUAAGGCGUGCAGGCAGUGAGAAAUCCACACACGUUUGGGAUUCUUUCCAAAAUCAAACAUAGUAACAAUAUUAAUCAAAAACACAACACACACAUAAUAUUUCUCUUGAAUAAAAACACUUCUACACUUCAUGGCACCGUUCCAACAGGCUACACACAGCCUGCCCCUUCCACCGCCGUUUAGCUCCUCCAUUCUGUUUCACUGAUUUUUUUCAUCUGGGUUUUUUGGUUUCUGUUUGUUUGAUCUCUCUUUUCUUGGAUUUUUACUCGGUAAAGUUCGGAUUUUUAUUGAAAAUUCUGAUCUGGGGUGGUUGGAAAGUUAUGGAGGACGGUAGAUUGUGUCAGUGGACUGUAGUUCGAUCCAUACUGGCUAUUCUUCAAUGGUGGGGUUUCAAUGUUACAGUAAUCAUCAUGAACAAAUGGAUCUUUCAGAAACUGGACUUUAAGUAUCCAUUGUCCGUGUCAUGUAUUCACUUUAUAUCAUCGUCCAUCGGUGCAUACUUGGUAAUUAAAGUGCUAAAACUGAAGCCACUUAUUACGGUCGACCCUGAAGAUCGCUGGAGGAGGAUAUUUCCCAUGUCAUUUAUAUUUUGUAUUAAUAUAGUUCUGGGAAAUGUGAGCCUGCGGUAUAUACCUGUUUCCUUCAUGCAAACUAUCAAGUCCUUUACUCCUGCAACAACUGUUAUCUUGCAGUGGCUAAUCUGGAAAAAGUACUUUGACUGGAGAAUUUGGGCUUCGCUGAUUCCUAUUGUUGGAGGGAUUCUACUCACUUCUAUCACAGAGCUCAGUUUUAACAUGCUCGGGUUUUGUGCUGCUUUAUUUGGCUGCCUCGCUACUUCCACAAAAACUAUUCUUGCAGAGUCUCUGUUGCAUGGAUACAAAUUCGAUAGUAUAAAUACAGUAUAUUACAUGGCACCAUUUGCAACUAUGAUCUUGGCUGUGCCAGCAUUGCUACUUGAAGGAUCAGGGGUUAUGGAAUGGAUUUAUACAUGCCCCUCGCUUUUCACGUCUCUUGUCAUCAUUUUUGGGUCUGGAGUGUUGGCCUUCUGCCUGAACUUUUCAAUCUUUUAUGUCAUUCACUCCACCACUGCUGUGACAUUUAAUGUUGCAGGAAAUCUUAAGGUUGCAGUAGCUGUUACAUGUUCGUGGCUCAUCUUCCGUAACCCAAUCUCCCUGAUGAACGCUGUUGGAUGUGCUAUAACGCUUGUUGGAUGUACCUUCUAUGGAUACGUAAGGCACAUGCUCUCACACCAAACGCCUGGAACCCCUCGGACUCCAAGGAGCAAGAUGGAGCUGAUCCCAUUAACUAAUGACAAAUUAGACGACAAAGUUUGAGUUGUCCAUGAAAUCCGCUAGCAGGGAAGUGGCCAAAGAUGUUUGCUGUAGAAAGAAAAGAGCUAUUUUCUUUUCUUUUUCUUUUUCUUGGUGGAUUACUUACCAGGGGUCAUACUGAAAAUUAACCAAUGAACUAUACUUUUGUUUUAACCCAUAGUGAUGAUCAUAUUUAUCCAAA